AUGUCGUCUUCACAGCAGAAAUCAUCAGUUGCGGCCGAGUCGUGCCCGGCACCCUCCAUUGCGACCAGCGAAGCUGCCUCGAAGCCCAAGCCCUGCUGCGUUUGCACGCAGGAAAAGUCCAAGCGCGACGAGUGCAUGCUCUUCUCCAACGCCGCGAACCCAUCCGUCGACUGCAAAUCCACCAUCGACCAAUACCGUACCUGCAUGGCUGGCUUUGGCUUCAAGGUAUAA